CAUUGUUUUUAUUCUCAAUCUAUGCGCAGAAAAUGCGUAUUGUAUACAACAAUUUAUACAAUCCAAACGAAAUAUGAAACAAAUAUAAAGGUGUCUAGGCUUCUAAAUAACUUAGGGAUCGUAUCUUGAGGAAAUAGUUUGCUGAAAUAGCAUGUCAAUUUUCAACAUGGCUCACUCCGGUCAUUUUGUAUGACGUACUUCAUUCAAUUUUGUUCGAUGAUCACGUAGAAAAAAGCUCAGGGCAAUGGACCCAGUAAUAGACAGUGAAUGGCUUGGGUGUAAGAAUGAACCGGUUGACGAAAUGCAGAAUGUCGGCAACAUUUCUCGAAGCUGGCAGUGGAGGGAACGGGGGAUCAACCCACCCAACUACCCUAACAACAAAACUGUGCUUGAAAACAUGGCUGAAGAUAUACUUGUUCAGAAACCACUACAAAUAAGGAGUUGUGACUUACCUGGGUACCCAAGGUCUACAUUCUUAAUGGUUUUUAGUCCUGAUGGAACGAAAGUAGCAUCAACACAUGGGAACCACAAUGUGUAUGUGUCUGAGCUGGCCAGUGGCAGACAUGUGCGGAUACUGAGAGGUCAUCCUCGCACUCCAUGGUGCAUUGCCUUCCAUCCGUCUCACCCACUGCUCAUUGGGUCUGGCUGCCUGGGUGGACAAGUCCGGGUGUGGGAUAUUGCUAGUGGAGGAAGCGAAGUCUGGAAUGUUCGCAACGAGACCGUGAUAGCUUCGAUCGCGUUCCACCCGCGCGAACAGUUGCUGGUCAUAGCUACGUACAAUGAACUGUACUUCUGGGACUGGAGCCAGCCUGCGCCCUUUACCAGAGUCUCAACCAAUAAUGUUAACGAGAAAGUCAGAUAUGUGGCUUUCGAUGCUCUUGGCUACAAGCUUAUCACAGGGAUAUCACUGUGGGCAUGUUCGGGCGGCCCUGCGAACAAUUCUUCGCAGCAGCAGAAUCCCCCUUCAGGACCUCCUAACAACCCGAAUAACAAUAACCCAAGGAGGGAUGAUCCCGACGACAGUCCGGGCGGUAGCCGACCUCAAGAGAGUCCCGGCUCCGCCCAAGACAUGAUUGUAAAUUCGUACCAAAAUCUGGUACAAAGAUACGACAGUUUAGUGAGGAAUUAUCAAAGACUCUUCAUGGUACGACACCGGCUGACGAACACUCCGCCGCCACCGAAUACGACUGACCGCGGCACAGAUCCAAUGGAGACUGACAUAUUGACUUCAUUUCCUCCGGGGUUUACGAGACUCCGAGAGACCCCCCGUGCCACUGCUUCCACGUCUGCUACCCCUGAUGACGGUAAUAUAAGGACAACAACAGAAAAUCCGACGCCCAGUACGUCUCGUACUCAAGACCCGGUAGACACCGGCGACGGAGAGAGCAGCAGUCGACUGCUCAACUUAGAUGUGCUGUCUAUUGAUGGCAAUACUUCUAGAAAUCCAACAUCGAAUCAGGAGCGUUCAAUGGCAUUUGGAUCUCGAUCAUCCGCUUUCCAGCCAUUAAAUGGCACUGAUAGAUCAUACAGAACCAUAGAGUAUGAGAGUACCAGGCUGUUGCCCAAUCCGUUUUCGUCCGCUAUCGGAACACCUAGACCGGCCAGGAUUACUUACACGGAAAUCACUCCCUCUAGCUCGACCAAUACGUCGCGGACCAGCAUUUUUACCUCGUCUAGAGGUUCAUCUUUAGGUCGAGAUUUCUCACUUCGUCGUCGAAACUUCUCUCCGUUACAAAACAACAACGAUACUCCACGUAACGAUCCUGGUUCGCCAGCAACAAAUACUGCUCCAUUGACAUUCACACGCCGGUCAUUCAGUGACGCUCGUAGCACGUCGACUGAAAGUCAGCCGUCGACUUCAGGCACGUCGUCGCACAGACCGGCGAUGACGAACUCGUCCACACAGAUGAGCCCCGUGACGGCACCGGUCGAUGCACAAACUAUUAACGAAAGUCUGGAUUUGAUCCGAGACAUCCUGCGGGACUCGGGCACGCGGCUGCUGAACCUGAUCACGAACAUGUCGCUGUCGACGCUGGCGAGCGUGGAGCGCAGCAUGCCGCGCCGCGCCUCGCGCGCGCACUCCGACGACAGCGAGGGCGCGCGCCCGCGCGGCGCCCGGCCCCGCGUGCGUCUCUUCAGCUCCACCUGGCGCCGCGACUUCCUCUCCUCCAGCUCCGACUCCGACAGCGACCAGUCCUCCGAAGUUAAUAUUUUCAGAACAAGAAAUACUACUUUCCGAGAAGACGAGUCAAGACUAACUGACCGACCCACGACGUCCGCUUCGUCUACCGAGAGACUGUCGCACCUGACUGAUAGAUUAGUGUUUGAACUGAAUGAGGUGUCCCGCAAUGGUAGCCCUUCCAGGGAGCCUGGACCUUCGCGAGAACCCGGAAGGAUUAACGUGUCGUUAUCAAAUAAUAGAUUUCGUGUUCGAACACAGAGUGAUUCUAUGAGCACUGACGUGGGUUCUAUGCCUUCGGCUGCCGGUACUACCGCUACACCCUCUGCUACUGAGGAAUCACCCUCACGAGCUGCGGGCGUGGCUACUCCUUCUGCCGGUGACGGCCCUGCAGUGGCUGAAGGACCGCGGCCAGCUAAUGAACCCGAAACAUCAGGCCAACGUACACAAGGUACACCCGACUUCAAUCCCGAUAGACCGUCAACGAGCCGGGACGACUUUUGGAAUAGAGGCGGCAUUGUGCCUCCCGAAGAAGCUUACAGAAAAGUAAGGAGCGGUGUAAACGCAUUACAAAAGCACACUGUGCAGUUGACGAAUCUGUGGCUUCGAGGGAAUCGCACUACUAUGAGAGAGUUGCGUGGGAUGUGGGAAAAUUUACGUAGACGUAUACUUAUGUUACAUAGGGAAACUGGAAGACAAGACGUUCCCAGUUAUUAUACUAGACCGUUACUGGAUCGUUGCAUGAUGCUAACGGACAUGACGGAUAACCUCACGCGCACAGCUAGGAAUUUAAGAAACAAUGCAAGAAAUGAAGACAAUGAAAGACGUUCGGCUGCAAAUCGUAAUGGGACUGACAACGCCAACAAUGCAAAUAGUAAUUUAAAUCAAGGUGAAACAAGUACGUCCAAUGAGGCCGCGAGCACGAGUAGACAAACGCAAGGAGCAAGGACUUCUCACACUAGAUCGUCACCUAACGUCCGAUCUUCUCCGUCUUUGAGAAGGCGGCUUCAGUCCAACUAUCGCUGGCGUCCAGAAGAUGAGCUUAGGAGGCGAUCUCGUAAUCCUACAGCUAAUCGUUUAGCCCCGCGCUAUACGAACCGAUCUCGGAGAGAUUUUAUGCGUGCUAUAGAAAUUAGUGCCACCCGACAUGAGAUUCGCAUGAGAGCCAUGCAAGUUUUGUCAGUUAUGUUUAAUAUGAUGAUGAUGUGUCUCGAAGAACGCGGCCUUAGUCAACUCAUCAUUAAUAUGUUGCGGACGCUUAAGAGGGCUUUAGCUUUAACUUGCCUAAUUGUGAUGUCAAAUAGGAAUAACGGGCGAACGGCAACGACCCAAGCCCCUACACCACAGCGUGUAGAAUCUCUAGAUGUUGUACGUAUACAAAACGUUGAGCAUAAUGUCGAUGUGAAUGUUGACGGACCUGACGAACAGGCGGCGCCUGCGAACAAUCCCCAGCGUGCGGCUAGAGCAGAUGCAAACCGAACGCAGCAGAAUAGUAACGAUGAUGAUAACAAAAAGGAAAACGUUGAAAAGCCGUCAACGUCGCAGGCUGAAACCACUGAAAAUAGUAAUAAAAGACCACAAGAAGAAAAACCUUCAACUUCACACAAUAGAGUUUCACAAAGAUGGAGCAAUCGUCUCGCCGUCCAAAUAGCCGCAGCCAACAGAAAUUAUUCAGCAACAGCAAGAAACAGGAGGGAUCUGUAUAUGGAAAGUAGGAGGUUAAAAGCUUUACAUAGAACAAAUCCUACUGCACAUCCGCUCAUCAAAAAGAGGGCCUUACCGCCGGUAUCCAACUAUAGAAUACCAGCACUGCGGUCCUUACCUGUGAGACCCGGUACGACGCGGUUUAGAAGUCCAAGAGUAGAUCCUCAAAAUAAUGAACCGGUAGCUGGACCGUCGCAUGCUCCUCCUGGUGAAAAUCCCAAUCUUCAGGAAUCUCCUGGAAGUGAGCUAAUGAAUGAAUUCGAGCACAGAGUUAAUUUUAUACGAAUAGCUCACAUGCAAGCAGUGAGGCUGAGGAAUGCGGCGCGGAAUAGGUUCAGGCGGCUGCAGACGAUCCGGCUGUACACGCCGUCGUCGGUGCGGGAGAUGUUCUCGCUGUCGGGCGCGGGCGCGGAGGGCGCGGAGGCGCGCGGCGUGGGCGCGGAGGCGCGAGGCGCGGGCGCGGAGGCGCGACACCCGCUGGCGAUGUUCCGGCCGCACAUCCUGUCGGCUCGCGCUGAGCCGCCCGCGCGCGAGGACCUCACGCACCAGUUCCACACCGUGCUCAACAACGUCGCCAUGCCGCUCAUGCAGAUGUCCGACCUGCCCGCCAACAACGAGCCCGGACACUCGCAUCGCCUGCCCAGGAUACACGAGUACCUGCAACCCAUCAUCUUGGCUCAGAACGCGAUGGUGGUAGAGGAGGACGGCGCGGCGGGCGAGGGCGGCGGGCGGCGCGUGGCCGGCAUGGCGGGGCUGCUGGACGCCGGCAUCAUCUCCGAGGCGCUGCCCGCGCCCUCGCACCGCGUGCAGGCCUGGGACUUCACCACCGGCGAUACACCUGACAUCUCUGACAGUACUAAAAAUGUGGUAGUACAACGAUGUCGGAUUCACAAUGACGCCAGUAUCGACAUAUCGAAGGAUGGCAGGCUCCUAGUAGCACUACUCCCUGUACCAAGGCUACGAAACACGAAUCAUUGGUUAGGCGUGUACUCACUGGAGUGGGCGCGACUAGGCCAGUGCCUGCACACCGCGGUGUUAGAGCAGAGCGCCGUGUCGGUGGCGCUGUCGCCCACGGCGCGGCACCUGGCCGUGGGGCUGGGCUCCCGGCGCUUCACUACCGCGCCGCAUGCCAGGAACAAUGUCAUCGCGUUGCUGUAUCGCCUUGACCCGCUAGAGAGUUCCAGUCGCACUGGUCUGUCUCCCAUAAAAGAGUUGGAACAGAAUUGGGAGCAUGGCUUCACUAGCCUGAACUGCCUUCGUUGGGCGCCCCAGCCCGGGCAAGGACUUGUGUAUGCAAACAACACUGGCCAACUCAUUAUUAUGAGCUAAGUGGAAUAUCAUGACAAAGCUGACUCACACACAAUGCCCAGGAUGCUGUAUGUCACUGCCACGCUGACUGCCGUUUUGUGUCAUUCAGUAAAAAUAUUUUUACGCAUUUGUGGCAACUUCUUCAUGUAUAAAACUAUUGGAAGCUUGAUUUGCUCUUUAUAUUUGAUAAAAUAAAAUGUCAAAUUGUAUUUUCAAAAUAUCAUAAUACAAUAUUAUAUUAGGGUGUACUAAUCACAGACUGUUUGCUUGCAAGUCAAUCCGAUUUUAAUAUACCUACAUACAUAGUUUGUAAUGUUCAAUGCCAAUGUUUUUUAAAAUGUAAUUGAUCUCGUGAAUAAUUGGAUUGGAACUGAUUUUGAAAUGUCUGUGGUGUAAUUACUGAAAAAUGUAAUGGUAAAUUGUUCCAAACGGAGUUGAAACUUUUAUGCUUGUAUUUGUUACUCAUUGCAUUGAUAAAUUUUCAACACGUACUAAAAUGUUAAAUGGGUUAUUUAAUACAUGCUUGAAAGUAUAGAUUUAUCAAAUCUUUAGAUAUUUAUUCUUAGUGAUAAUCUGAAAUUCUGAAAAUUCAUAGUACCUAUCAAUUAUAUAUUUUUUAAGUUGUUUUAUUUUUUCUCUUUUAUAAAGGUAUAUAUUGUUUGUGUUAUUGUUAUACACUGCCUUCGUAAGUUAGAACUAAGAUCAUUUGUUUUGUUGUAUCAUAAAACUUCAGUCUCAUUAUAUUUACGCAAUCAUGUUUCGUUUAAUGCACAGUUUAAUGUUUAAAAUUAUUUUAAGUUUUAUUUGUCUGAUAUUAUUUCAUAUUUUUACGAAGGUAGUGAGAUAUCGGUUCUUCCAUACUAUUAUUUAUAAAAUUAAUGGCGUGGCGCCAUUCUUUAAGUUAACUAAAACCUUUUUGAUACUAACAAUAUAAUCCACCAUUACUUCUUGCUAUUUUCUCUUGUAUUUAUUUUUAUUUAAAUAAUUUCUUGAGACCAUCUCUCAUUUUAGGCUGGGUCAUGAAUAUUACAUUACUUGUUUUAUUCCGCUUGGUGAUAACAUAGUUCAGCUAAGUUUGUCAAUAUUGACUACUUACCAAAAACUUGAGGCAAUAAGUUUAUGGCAAGUUAUAAUUUAACUAGCCCCCUAAUACGUGGGUAAGACAACGUAUUUCUACUAAUUGCAGACUUGCAAUUACUGACCCAGCCUAAGACUGAUACUUUCCGCGUUUAUAGACUGAUGAUCGAUUCAACCAGGGUAAGGUGGAUAGGUAUUCGACGAGUAAUGGUAAACUUGAAGAGGGAUAAUAUAUAACAAAAUGAACUUUUGAAUUCGAUUGCAUUAAUGUUUAAUGUGUUUACUGCGAAAACCCUACCAAUGAAAUAUCAGUACUUCAGACUUUUGAUAAUGACCUCUUUUAUUUUAAUGACUCCAUUAUUAUAAAGAACAUUACAAAAACAAAGGAAAGCUACUCUUUAGCGGUGUGCCUAUCCAAUCCAUAGUAACUAAGUACAUGUCGCCCUACCGCCAAGCUAUGGUCUCCACUCAAGGAUUUCUUCUUGGGAUUCUUUCCAUUAUAGCUAGACCACAGUCAAUUUCACACUGGCUCGUAGAAUUAAUGUAUGAAAGCAUAACAAUAAAAUUAUAAAGCAAGAGUAACGACAGAGGAUCUAUAAAACAUACUUUUCCUUCUCGGAGGUAUAUAGCCUUAUAUUGAAAACCCGUUGGUUUGAUAGAAUAGACUAUUCUUAUUGCUCGCAAUAUCCUGACCUAGUCAUUACUUUGCGUAUUCUUUUGUUUGCUGGAAUUACUUCAAUGGCCAGAAACUCGCGCGGUGGACCCACAACAAUUGGUAUUUGAUAUGCGAGAUAAUAGAUGAUGCAUAUCAGACUGAAAAAAAGUUCUGAAAAAUACACGUUGUAAUGAUUUAUCUUGCUGUAAUCCAUGAUUGUAAGAGAAUAAAAACUGGAGUUCAUUGUUAUACUAAAAUUCACUUUAAAAUCUAAGGGGUUCUGUCUGGUAAACACAUUACUAUUAAUGCUACUUCAAAAAGUGAAAUCUUUGCGUACUUUGUUACUGUAUCUUUCAUAUUUUUUAUAUAGAACUAAGAUUUCAUUUAAUUUCAAUUUUUAGUUAAAGAUUGUUAUCCGCAGAAUAUAACACUUAUGAUCUUGAAACUAGUCUUUCAUGAGCCGCGUGUUACUUAUGUUUACACCUACCAAUGAUUACCUUGCUAAAAAACAAACUUUAAAAUAAUAACUAACUGACCAGUAUCGAUCUCGGUUUCACGGUUAUUCGUAGGUACCUAGGAAAGAUGGCAAUUCUAUUUUUUAUUUAUUUAAAAUAAUAAUUAAACCACCCAGAAAAAAGAGCCCCCGCUUAGCAGGGCUCCGUCGACUUCAUAUUAUGGAUUUUCAUUAAAUCGGUCCA